CGUCUCGUGUUAUCUCUUCUCUUCUUCCCACCCCCUCUCUCUCUCCUUCUCCUCCCUUCCGCCUUCAUCAUCGGCGGCAAACCCCUUCUUCCAUCCACUUCCCCCACCGAAUUCGCGCGCGCGCGCCCCGUGGCUGCGGCGGAGGGGAAGGUGAGGACGGCGGCGGGCACGGCCACGGCCUCCGAGCCGCCGAUGAGAUUGCGCGCCACCGCGACAUGCAACCCCCGACGGGCGCCGUGUCAGGGUCGUCGUCGUCGUCGCUGGAGUGCGUGAGCUCGUGCAGGACGUCGUGGAGGGGCGGAGGGAGGCCGUACGAAUGCAGCGUGCUCUCGUGCGCCUGGAACGCGCCGCGGGCGCUCACGGGGGCGCUCGCCAGCACCACCGCGCAGUGCUCCUCCUGCAGCCACGCCGAGGCUGGGGCAGGGUGGAGGCGGCGGGGCCAGUCGCAGCGGAGUAACAAUUCGUUACUGCACAUAACCUGGGCAGAAGGCAUCAACAGGGGGAAGUUUGGUUAUGGUUCAUCAGCCCAUUCUUUUCCCACUGGAAAUUUUUUCAAAUCUUGGUCAACUUCCGUGGAUCCAACAUGGAGAGUUUUCUGCUAUUCAUCAUCUGAAUCGUUCAAUCAUAUUUCUCCAGAAACUUUGUGGGAGGAUCUCAAGCCAGCUAUCUCGUACCUUCAACCUGAAGAAUUGAACUUUGUACACGAUGCUCUGAAGUUGGCAUAUGAGGCACAUAAUGGGCAGAAACGCCGAAGUGGGGAACCUUUCAUUAUUCAUCCUGUUGAAGUUGCUCGUAUCCUUGGGGAGCAUGAACUUGACUGGGAAUCAAUAGCUGCUGGUUUAUUGCAUGACACUGUUGAAGAUACAGACAUGGUUACUUUUGAAAGAAUAGAAAAUGAGUUUGGUGUAACCGUACGCCGUAUUGUUGAAGGGGAGACAAAGGUAUCUAAGCUAGGAAAACUUCAGUGCAAAAAUGAGGGUAAUUCAAAACAGGACGUCAAGGCUGAAGAUUUAAGACAGAUGUUUCUUGCCAUGACAGAAGAGGUUCGUGUAAUCAUUGUGAAACUGGCAGACAGGCUGCAUAAUAUGCGUACACUCACACAUAUGCCUCAGCACAAGCAGUAUGCCAUUGCCAUGGAGACACUGCAGGUUUUUGCACCCCUAGCUAAACUUCUCGGGAUGUAUCGAAUAAAGUCUGAGCUAGAAUAUCUGUCCUUCAUGUACAUGAAUCCUGGUGAUUUCGCUGAACUAAAGAAAAGAGUUGAGGACCUCUACAAGGCCCAUGAACAAGAAUUGGAAGAGGCAAAUCAAAUCUUAGGGGAAAAGAUUGCUGAGGAUCAAUUUCUUGAUCUUGUUAGUGUUGAAACACAAGUGCGUUCAGUCUGCAAAGAACUCUACAGCAUUUAUAAAACUGCGCUGAAGUCCAAGAGUUCAAUAAAUGAGAUAAAUCAGGUUGCACAGCUGCGGAUCAUCAUAAAGCCAAAAUCCUGCAAUGGUGUGGGGCCAUUGUGCACUGCACAACAGAUCUGCUACCAUGUCCUUGGUCUUGUUCAUGGUAUCUGGACACCUAUACCUCAAGCUGUGAAAGAUUACAUUGCAACCCCAAAGCCUAAUGGAUACCAAAGUCUACACACGACAGUGAUACCAUUUCUGAAUGAGAGUAUGUUCCAUUUGGAAGUUCAGAUAAGAACAGAGGAUAUGGAUCUCAUAGCAGAAAGAGGCAUUGCUGCGCACUACAGUGGAAGAGGGGUUGUUUCAGGGCCUGUUCGUCCUGGAAUAUCAAGUGGAAGGAAUUCAAAUGGGAAAGUGAUAUGUCUGAACAAUACAGGCUUUGCUCUGAGGAUUGGUUGGCUCAAUGCAAUCCGUGAAUGGCAAGAAGAGUUUGUUGGUAACAUGAGUUCUAGGGAAUUUGUUGAUACUAUCACCCGAGAUCUUCUGGGAAGCCGUGUCUUUGUGUUUACACCAAAAGGCGAGAUUAAAAACUUGCCUAAGGGGGCCACUGUGGUUGAUUAUGCUUACCUGAUUCACACAGAAAUUGGGAACAAAAUGGUAGCUGCAAAGGUGAAUGGCAAUCUAGUUUCACCAAUCCAUGUACUUGCAAAUGCUGAAGUUGUGGAGAUUAUAAUUUAUGAUAAAUUAUCUGCUAAAUAUGCAUUCCAGCGUCACCAGCAGUGGCUUCAACAUGCGAAAACUCGCAGUGCAAGACACAAAAUUAUGAAAUUCUUGCGGGAGCAAGCUGCUCUUUCUGCUGCUGAAAUAACUGCCGACGCCGUUAAUAACUUUGUUGCCGAUCUUGAAGAUGAAAGUGACUAUGAGCAGUCGAUUCCAAGCUCUGAAAAUAAGGACUAUACAUUCAACUGGCAGAAGAUAUUGAAUUCUGACAAACUAUCCUUUGGAAACAAGAAGAGCGACUGCUUUUUACCUGUUAAAAAUGUCUCUGUGCCAAAGGUUAAUGGGAAGCACAACAAAACUGUCAAAGAACUGGGCAUCAAAAUUAAUGGUUCAACAUUUCGUGGUGAUAGCUUCACUGAUUUUAUUCACCCUGGUGUUUCCAGCAGUAAAGAAGUUCUCCCUAGUGUGGAUAACUGGAAAGCUGGUAAAAUUUGUGCGUGGCACAAUACAGAAGGCAGCUCUAUCCAAUGGCUCUGCAUAGUGUGUGUUGAUCGAAAAGGUAUGGUUGCGGAAGUUUCAUCAGCUCUAACAGCGUGUGGAAUCACCAUAUGCUCGUGUGUGGCGGAGCGAGAUAAGAGAAGGGGAAUAGGUGUGAUGUUGUUCCACUUUGAGGGGGCAUAUGAGAAUGUGGUCAGUGCAUGCUCCGGUGUUGAUAUGAUUCUUGGGGUUCUUGGUUGGUCCGUUGGAUGCAGCUGUAAUCCUUUGGGUGUUCUUGAAUGCUAGCGGACAACAGGCAUCACGCUGCAUCAGUUCACCAUCUCCAGCAAAAAGGAGAGACAAUUUUGAAGCACCAAGAAAUCAGUCCGCUCAAUGGUUCAGGAGCAGUCCGAUCUUGGUUGAUGAUGCUGUGCAACCCAUAACUUGUCCUUCAAAGAAGGUAGAGUGAGGGUAGAGCAAGCUGGAGCCGGAUAUUCUGGUUCGUUUGGAAGCGAGAGGAGUGUACAUAGCUGAGCAAGCUACUAGUGAACUGUUAGUCCAGGGAUUGGUUGGGUUAUAGUAUUAUACAAAAGCCUCCAUGAAUGACCAACAAUGGCAGCUUCUCUCUUCUAUUUUUUUUGUUUGCCAUUCGUACACUAGUUAUGUAUGACAUGUGCAGCUAGAAUUUUGAUCUGAUGGGAUUCCAAUGCCCCAAAUUUUGCCCGUAUUCGUUAUUUCACUCGGUGAUUAUGACUAUGCUGUAGCUUCGAUUUUUCAAUGGUAUAAGUUUUCUUUUCUUA